GUGGGGGGGUAGGCAGCCGUGGAGAGCAGAGCGGAGCUGAACUGGUGCGACUGCAUCCAUGGCAACCGCAAUGGCAGAAGCGGAGACGCGACAAAAACUGCUUCGCAACGUCAAGAAGGAGGUGAAGCAGAUCAUGGAGGAGGCUGUAACCAGAAAGUUUGUGCAUGAAGACAGCAGUCACAUCAUCUCCUUCUGUGCUGCAGUGGAGGCCUGUGUGCUGCACAGACUGAAGCGGAGAGCUGCAGGCUUCCUGCGCAGUAAUAAAGUGGCAGCACUCUUCCUGAAGGUGGGGAAAAGCUAUGGCCCUGCCCUACAGCUCUGCAGGAAAGCCCAGGAGCUGGAGCAGAUCAUCGACAACAACAGACGGAACCAGGCUUCACGGAACCAUGAGGUGGCCCAGAAACCAACCAAGUCACCCAGCGUGUCCCCCCAGGCAGCCAGGCAUCUGUGGAUCAGAACUGCUCUCAUGGAGAAGGUCCUGGACAAGGUGGUCCUCUACCUAGUGGAAAACAGCAGUAAGUUCUAUGAGAAAGAGGCGGUUCUGAUGGACCCAGUGGAUGGACCCAUCCUCGCAUCUCUCUUGGUGGGACCCUGUGCGCUGGAGUACACCAAGAUGAAGACUGCUGAUCACUUCUGGACAGAUCCAUCUGCUGACGAGCUGGUCCAGAGACACCGCAUUCACAGUGCCCUCUGUAGGCAGGAUUCCCCCACCAAGCGCCCCGCCUUGUGUAUACAAAAGAGGCAGUCCAGUGGCAGCAUGGAGGAGCGGCCGCUGCUCUCUGCUCGGGACUAUGUGGAGUCGCUGCACCAGAACUCCAGAGCAACGCUGCUGUAUGGCAAGAACAAUGUCCUAGUGCAGCCGAGAGAUGACAUGGAGGCUAUCCCAGGGUACCUCUCUCUCCACCAAACAGCAGAGGUCAUGACCCUGAAAUGGACGCCCAAUCAGCUGAUGAAGGGCUCUGUUGGAGAUGUGGAAUAUGAGAGGAGUGUUUACUGGGACUACACCAUGACAAUCCGUCUGGAGGAGAUAGUGUAUCUGCACUGCCACCAACAGGUGGACAGUGGGGGCACAGUAGUGCUUGUGAGUCAGGAUGGAGUGCAGCUGCCCCCACUCCGCUUCCCCAGGGGGGGCCACCUGCUGCAGUUCCUGUCCUGCCUGGAGACAGGACUCCUCCCCCAUGGCCAGCUGGACCCGCCCCUUUGGUCCCAGAGAGGAAAGGGAAAGGUUUUCCCUAAACUCCGGAAGAGAAGUCCUCAUGGAUCGUCUGAGUCGGUCUCUGACAAAGAAGAGGAUGAAGCCGCAGACUAUGUCUUCCGCAUCCUGUUCCCUGGCAGCCAAUCAGAGUUUGUAGCUCCGGAUCUGAUGGAUCAGGGGGCGGUGCUUUGGCAGCCCACGCCCAGGAAGUCCUCCUGUUCAUCCUGCUCCCAGAAUGGCUCCUCUGAUGGCAUGCCCGCCAAUGGCUGCAACCACGACAGGGCCCCUCUGAAGUUGCUCUGUGACACCAUGAAGUAUCAGAUUAUUUCACGGGCUUUCUAUGGCUGGCUAGCGUACUGUCGUCACCUGUCCACUGUGCGCACCCAUUUGUCCGCCCUGGUGAACCCCACCAUUGUGUACCCUGAUGUGCCCUGCGAUGGCGGGGGGGGCCUCUCUGCAGAGGUCUGGCAGCAAUUCCUCCAGGACUGCACUGCAUAUGAGGAGGCAGAGCUACUGAGGCUGGUGUACUACGGUGGGGUGGAGCCAGAGCUGCGCAGGGAGGUUUGGCCCUUCCUGUUAGGGCACUACCGGUUUGGGAUGUCCGAGGCGGAUAGGAAAGAGGUGGAUGAGCAGGUACGGGCGUGCUAUGAGCAGACCAUGAGUGAGUGGCUGGGCUGUGAGGCCAUCGUGAGGCAACGAGAGAAGGAGCAGCAUGCGGCUGCUCUGGCCAGGUGCCUCUCUGGGGGAGGUUCCGACAAAGUACCUCAGAAGACGACACACCGCGACUCCACUGUCAGCACAGAGUCCUCCCAGAGCAGCAGCUCAGACAGACAGGGUCGUGGGCGAUUGCAGAGCAGCUCAAGUAGCAGCACUCAGGUGUUUGAGUCAGUGGAUCAGAUUGAAAUGCAGCUUAAGAAUGAAGACAGCAAAUCAGUGUCCAAAAUCCUAAAUGGGGUAUCUACAAGCAAGGCUCUGCAAAAUGGGGAAGCCAUGAACAAGGCUCUGCAAAAUGGGGUGCCUGCAAGCAAGGCUGUCCCAAAUGGGGUGCUACCUAACGAGCCUCUGUCAAAUGGGUUGCUCCCCAAUGAAGCUCUCCAAAAGAGGAUUUCCUCGCCAGAAUCCGGACAUCCUCCAUCCAGCAAUUUCCCCGUCACUUCCGUCCUCUUGUACUCCUGCCUCCAACCUGAAGAGACUCUCCCAGCAGUAGCUGAGCCCCACACCCCACCUAAAGAAAAGGGACCUCCAGCCAAUGCCACAUCACAGAGAGAGGACAACAUCUCUGGUGACAAUGGGGCAGAAGAUGCAGCAGUGGGAUCAGAAACCCCAGAAACAAGAGAGUCUGAGAACUUGGAAGUAGCAAAGGUCACUGAAAGAGCAGCUGCCAGUAACUCUGAAACAAUAGAGAGCAUAGAUUUAGAGAUGAGAGUGUCUACGGUUUCUGCAGGGGAAGAGGCCAAAUCAACUGAAAAUGACAAGCACAAUAUUUCUGAAACAGAAGAAACCAAUUCUAUAGGUAUGGGACAAGUUGCUAAGGCCUCUGAAACAGAGGAGACCACAUUUAAAAGUAUAGGGGAGGCUAAGGUUUCUGAAACAGAAGACACCAAAUCAACAGGUUUGGAGGAGACUAAGGCUUCUGAAACAGAAGAGGUCACAUUUACAAGUAUAGGGGAUGCUAAGGCUUCUGAAACAGAAGACAUCAAAUCAACAGGUAUAGAGGAGACUAAGGCUUCUGAAACAGAAGACACCAAAUCAACAGGUAUGGAGGAGACUAAGGCUUCUGAAACAGAAGAGGCCACAUUUACAAGUAUGGGGCAGACUAAGGUUUCUGAAACAGAUGAGAUCAAAUCUACAGGUAUCAAAGAAGCUGCUAAGGCUUCUGAAACAGAAGAGGUCACAUUUACAAGUAUAGGGGAGGUUAAGGCUUCUGAAACAGAAGACACCAAAUCAACAGGUAUGGAGAAGACUAAGGCUUCUGAAACAGAAGAGGUCAUAUUUACAAGUAUGGGGCAGACUAAGGCAACUGAAACAGAGGAGAUCAAAUCUACAGGUAUCGAAGAAGCUGCUAAGAUCUCUGAAACAGAGGAGGCCACAUUUACAAGUAUAGGGGAGGCUAAGGCUUCUGAAACAGAAGACACCAAAUCUCUAAAAUUGGGGGAGACUAAGGCUUCUAAAAUUAUGGAAACUAAGCUGUCUGAAAUGGGGCAGCCCAUUAUUUCUGACAUUGGUGAGAGUAAAACCCCAGAAAUAGGACAGACCAGCAUUGAUAGAACUAAAUCUCUUGAAGUGACAGAUGUGAAUGUACUUGAAGAGACCAAAGCACCAGAAGUGGAGAAUGGUAAUCUUUCAGAAAAUGAGGAGAUGACAGUUCAAGAAAUUAGAGAUGCUAAAAUGUGUGAAAUAACAGAAGUUUCCUCAUCCACAACUGGAGAGGCUGAGGUUUCUGAAAUUGAAGAGACUGAAUUACCGCAUGUGACAGAGGCUAAAACUUGUGACACAGAAGAGACAAAAUCCUCAGGAACUACGGAAACUAAAGUCUCUGAAACAGGGGUGCCCAAAUCCCCAGAAACAGGGGAGAUCAGGGUUUCUGAAACAGGGGACACAGAAGCACAAGAAAUGGAAGAGAUGAAAAUUUCUGAAAAGGAGGAGACAAUUGUUUCUGAAACUGAAGAGAUCAAAUGUAAAGAAAGUGGAAAUGUGAAUAAUUCUGACAUGACAAAUGCCAAAUCUACAGAAAUGGUAGAGGGCAAGGUCUUUGAAAUGGGGCAGGCCAGGGGUCUUCUAAUGGAAGGGAGUGAAUCUCCAAAAUUAGGCAAGUCUCAGGUUUUUGACAUGGAGGAGAGCAAAUCUCUGGAAAUUGUAGAAGUCAAAGUUUUUGGGACAGACAAACCCAUAGUUCUUGACACGGGAAAAGCUAAGGUACUUGAGAUGGAAGGGAUAAAGCCUAAAUCAACAGACACUAAAAUGUUUGAAAUGGAGGAGGUCACUACUUUGGAAAUGGAGGAGCCUCAGUCAAGAGGAAUAAAGAUAUCCUCUGGUACCAUGGAAACCAAAGUAUGUCCAGCUAUAGUGGACGAUUCAGAUGAUUCUCCUUCAGCAUUAGAGAUGGAGGAGAUUCCCACUGGCAGAGUGUCAGUGGCAUCCUGGGACAGGCAGGUACUCUUGGAGAUCCAUCAGAAACCCAUCCGUCCUCUGUCCCCCACAAAGACCACACAUUUGGGAGGUGGGGCAGAGGUUUUAGGGGUUGGGCUUCCAGUACUGGAGCUGCGGCUAGAGAGAGAGAGAAGAGAUGAGCCAGACGUCAGCUCAGAGGUCAGCGAGCCUGUCCUGUCAGAGGAGGAGCCUGAGAUGGAAAGCCUGUUCCCGCAGCUUGACUCCCUGGCCAUUUGUGGGGAGCUUGGUACUGAUGCCACCUCUCCAGCCUCCUCCAUUGGAACGACCUACUCCCAAGAGCUGCUGGACUUGUACACAGUAAACCUGCAUCGCAUUGAAAAGGAUGUUCAACGGUGUGACCGGACCUACUGGUACUUCACCCCUGCCAACCUGGACAAACUCCGCAACAUCAUGUGUAGUUAUGUGUGGCAACAUCUGGACAUCGGUUAUGUGCAGGGCAUGUGUGACCUGUUGGCGCCUCUGCUGGUAAUUCUUGAUGAUGAGGCCCUAGCCUUCAGUUGUUUCUCCCAGCUCAUGAAGAGGAUGAACCAGAACUUUCCCCAUGGAGGAGUCAUGGACACACACUUUGCCAACAUGCGCUCCCUCAUCCAGAUUCUGGACUCAGAGCUGUUUGAGCUGAUGCAGCAGAAUGGAGACUAUACACAUUUCUACUUCUGUUACCGCUGGUUCCUGCUGGACUUCAAACGAGAGCUGGUGUAUGAGGAUGUGUUCUCAGUGUGGGAGACCAUCUGGGCAGCCAGACAGGUCUCCUCAGGACACUUUGUUCUCUUCAUUGCACUGGCACUAGUGGAGAUCUACAGAGACAUCAUCCUGGAGAACAACAUGGACUUCACUGACAUCAUCAAGUUCUUCAACGAAAUGGCAGAGCGGCACAAUGUCUCAGAGGUCCUAGCACUAGCCCGAGACCUGGUCUACAAAGUCCAGACGCUCAUCGAGAACAAGUGACCUUCCCACUCCACCUCUUUCUCUCAGUCACCGGCGUCCCAGCAUCCUCUCUGUCCAAGGCCACACACAUGCACACACAGACACACUACAGUGUUUAUGCCUCACAAACAAGAAUCCCUCUGUCAUAAUGUGCCUCAUAGGCAACCAGUAAGAAUGCCUCUGUCUUAAUGUUCCUCACAGGCAACCAAUAAGAAUCCCUGUCACAAUUUGCCUCACAGGCAACAAAUAAGAAUCCCUCUCAUAAUUUGCCUCACAGGCAACCAAUAAGAAUCCCUUUCAUAAUUUGCCUCACAGGCAACCAAUAAGAGUCCCUCUGCCAGAGGGGCUGACAUAAUCCACCAUCAGUUUAUCCACAUGUACCCUACACCCAGACACACUACAGUGUUUAUGCCUCACAAACAAGAAUCCCUCUGUCAUAAUGCGCCUCAUAGGCAACCAGUAAGAAUGCCUCUGUCUUAAUGUUCCUCACAGGCAACCAAUAAGAAUCCCUGUCACAAUUUGCCUCACAGGCAACAAAUAAGAAUCCCUCUCAUAAUUUGCCUCACAGGCAACCAAUAAGAAUCCCUUUCAUAAUUUGCCUCACAGGCAACCAAUAAGAGUCCCUCUGCCAGAGGGGCUGACAUAAUCCACCAUCAGUUUAUCCACAUGUACCCUGCAGAAUUUUGUCUUUGUCCCUGUUUCAAGAACUCUGGUGGCCCUCCCUUGGUAGCAGAGCAGCUCUGAAUCUGAAUAUACUCCUCCUACAUAAUCCCCUCUCAGAAUCUGCUCAUGUACUCCUUAUACACACUCCUUUCUCUGGAUCUGGUCAUAUACUCCUCCUACACGUUCCCUAUCCUAGAUCUGCUCAUAUAUUUCUCAUACACACUCCCUAUUCUAGAUGUGUUCAUGUAGUCCUAACAUACACUCUCUACUCUAGAUCUGUGCAUAUAUUUCUCAUACGCACUUCCUACUCUGGAUCUGCUCAUAUACUCCUCAU